GCCAAAAGGCGAAGGGUCACAUAUUUAUAUAAUAAGCGAGGAAAAUGUGUCCAUUUCCAUAAGCCUUGGGAGAUUGGAAGGAGAAGGCAAGAAAGAAUGGAGUCAUUUGACCACGGAUUUAGAAGACUUUGAAAACUCCGAAACAGCCUUCUAUUACUACAGCUUGCUUAUUUUUUCGUCUUCUUCAUUAAUUAAUUAAAACCCAAAUCGACUUCAUCUUCAUCAUCAUCGCUUGGUUUUCUGAACCCUCUCCCCCAACUUUGAGCGAGACCCAGAUCAGUAUCGCAGCCAAUUUUGCUUUGGAUGAGAAAGUCGUCGUCUUUAUUGGAUUCUAGCAACACCCAUUUGAAAGCUUUCGGUGGUUUUCCAUGGAUGCUUUUAAAUUUCACAGCUAAAUUGUAGCUGUUACUGAUUUUCCUUCUGCAUGAGUUUUGAAAAGACUCCAAUAAAUUGAGGGGUUUUAAUUCGUUUGAACAAGUAGAAGAAGGAGAAAUCUUGAACCGUUUUGAAAUCGGUUGAAGAUGGCUGGAGUGCAAGACCAAUUGGAAAUCAAGUUUCGGUUGAGUGAUGGAUCAGAUAUUGGCCCCAAAAGCUUUCCUGCUGCUACAAGUGUUUCGACCUUGAAAGAAAGUAUUCUUGCGCAAUGGCCUAAAGACAAGGAGAAUGGUCCAAGGACUGUUAAAGAUGUCAAGCUGAUAAGUGCAGGAAAGAUAUUGGAGAACAACAGAACAGUUGGGGAGUGCCGAAGCCCAAUAUGCGAUGUUCCUACAACUAUGCAUGUCGUUGUUCAACCACCUUCUUCGGAGAAAGCAGAAAAGAAAAUGACAAGUGAACCGAAGCAGAACAAAUGCGUCUGUGUUAUAUUAUAAUUUUUGCAGUUCAAAUAGUGGGGAUAACAUCAUUUUUAGGUAGAGAGAGAGUUGGAGCUAGUGAAGAAAAUGGAUUUGGUGAAACUGAUUCAUCUAUAUUGGAAAUAUGCAGGCUUCAUAGAAUCAUAUGUCAUUGUUUUGUUCAGGUCCAUCAUACUUUGUUUGUUUUCAACUCUAUUAGACUAUGCUAAAUCAAACAAUCUUAUAUAAGAUUUUUAUGUAAAAAGUUCAUGGGUGUACCUACUGCAUAUGUUUUCAUAUAUUAAAUUUCACGUUUCAUUCACCAUGUAUAAAUAUUGAUGGAUGAUCUUGGAAAUCAUACUUUAUGACAGAGGAAUUGCCAGAGCUCUUUGAGUUGCCAAAGUGUUGCAUCAUUUACUUCUUGACUUGAUCCUCACAAUGUAAUAUGUUGAUUCAAGAUCAA